ACAACGCGCCGCCCGAUCCACAGAACAUUGGCUGUGAACAUCCAGCUUUUGUACAAAGGAAUCUAGGAAAGCGAGAUGUUGCGAUUGUAAGAGGAUUCCAUUUUGUCUCUGCGUUCCGUUUCGUGGAUAUAAAUGAGUCAGUGACCGCCGUGAUAGAGCGCAACGAAGGAGAAGAAGAAGAAAUGGAAGUGAGCAACAAGGUGGCAGUGAUAAAGAAUCACAUAGAGGAUACACCGAAAGAGUCUCACUUUGAGCUCAAAACUGAGAACUUAUCCCUUUCACUGGUGCCUGGUUCUGACGAUGUCAUCGUUAAGAAUCUCUAUAUCUCCAUCGAUCCCUACCAGAUUAAUCGCAUGAAGAGCCAUAGCUCCUCUCAGAAAGCCAUAUACUUCGCAGCCCCCAUCACCCCUAAUCAGGCAAUUGAUGGUGUUGCUAUUGGGAAAGUGGUGGCUUCUGGGAGUCCUAGGUUUCAGAAGGACGAUGUUGUUGUGGGAGUGUUCACGUGGGCCGAGUACAGCUUGGUUAAAGAAGCGAGCAUUAUUAACAAACUGGACCACUCUGAAUUCCCACUCACUUACCAUCUUGGAAUUCUAGGGUUCAAUGGAUUAUCAGCUUAUGCUGGGUUCUUUGAAUUGUGCAAACCCAAAAAAGGGGAAAAAGUAUUUGUAUCCGCUGCUUCUGGAUCUGUAGGAAGUUUGGCAGCACAAUAUGCAAAGCUUUUUGGUUGCUAUGUGGUUGGUUGUGCAGGAAGCCAGAAAAAGGUGGAAUUACUGAAGCACAAGCUGGGACUUGACGAUGCAUUCAACUACAGAGAAGAAACAGACUUAAAAUCUGCUCUCAAAAGGUACUUUCCAGAAGGGAUAGACAUAUAUUUUGACAACGUUGGAGGAGACAUGUUGGAGGCAGCAGUGGACAACAUGAAUGCAUUUGGAAGAGUGGCUGUGUGUGGGGUGAUGUCUGAGUAUACUGAUCCAGGGAAGCGAGCUGCACCAGACAUGCUCAACGUUGUUUACAAGAGACUUAACAUCAGAGGAUUUCUGGCCGCUGAUUUCUUAAACAUUUUUCCAGAUUUUGUCUCUUGCACAUCUGACCACCUUCGUAGUGGGAAAUUGCAGAAUCUUGAAGACAUUUCAUCUGGGCUUGACACCAUCCCUUCUGCUUUCAUCGGACUCUUCCAUGGAGAUAACAUUGGAAAGAAAAUUGUUAAAGUUGCAGAACAGUGAUGGAGAGAAUAACGAGUGAGAUUAUGAUGAGAGAGAGGUUACAGGAUAACGUGACAUGAAACUCACCUGCAUCUUUAUGAAUAAAACUUUAUAUAUUUGCUCUAGUUUAA